GCCAGAAGCUACAGUCGGCGUGUCCCGCUGCGGGCUCUAGACCCUGCCUGCUCUCGGGAGGGGACCAUGCCGCGCUCCUUCCUGGUGAAAACGCACUCCAGUCACAGGGUCCCCAACUACGGGAAACUGGAGACACAGAGAGAAGCUAAUGGCUCUUGCUCUGCCUGUGGGGAGCUGGUGGGAUCCCGCCACUGGCCAGACAAGGCCCCUUCGAAUCCCAGCGACCCUCUGCAGCCUUGGGACAGUACCUCUGCCGUUGCCUGCAUCUCCCUGCCUCUUCUGCCGUGUCACGGAGAAACUCUGGGAGCCUCUGGACCAGAACCCCAGGAAACCAGCUGGGUGGGCCCUCGGGCUGGCCAGGCCCCGAGUGUGACUCUCAAAGACAGCUUCAAUCUGCCCCCACUGUUGGUGCUAUCCACACGCUGGCCCCCAAUCCUGGGCCCAGAUGGAGCUCUGGAUGACCAUCUCAGGGCUGAGGGGACAUCUCGAGUCCCAGGUAGUUUUGAGUGUGUUCACUGCCACAGGCCGUAUCAUACGCUGGCUGGCCUGGCGAGGCAUCAGCAGCUGCACUGCCACCUGCCGACUGGGCGCGCCUUCACCUGCAGGUACUGUGACAAGGAGUAUGCCAGCCUGGGUGCCCUCAAGAUGCAUAUCCGCACCCACACGCUGCCCUGCAUCUGUAAGGUGUGCGGUAAGGCCUUCUCCAGGCCCUGGCUGCUCCAGGGCCACAUCCGCACCCAUACAGGUGAGAAGCCCUAUACCUGUUCUCACUGCAGCAGAGCCUUUGCUGACCGCUCCAACCUAAGGGCUCACCUGCAGACUCAUGCUGGUACCAAGAAGUACAGGUGUGCCGUGUGCCCCAAGGCCUUCUCCCGCAUGUCUCUCUUGGCGCGGCAUGAGGAAGCAGGCUGCUGUCCUGGCCCCUAGUAGGGGUACAGCAGGGUGGAGAGGCCAAACCUGACAAUACUCGUCAGUGGUUCUGUCAUCCAGGAUAGGGCCCAGCUCACUGUCACCUGUGUCCGGCCAGAACCAAGGCCAGUGGAGCCUUCGGGCGUCUUUCCCUAAGGCCUGCAUUCAGAGGAGACUUAUCACUACAAGGCUCAACAAAAUAAGAACCAACAGUUCCAUUUUCAGUUUGGCUUGUCUGCUGGACCUUUCCCAAAAAGGAGCAUCUGUUGGGAACUAGCUAACAUUGGACAAAACCCACCAUGACACCAAUGACCCUGGCCACCUGGGUCCCUUUGUGUGCAACUUGAAAUGACCGUUUUUACUUGAGAGCACAAUAUGUGUGUAACCUUGGAAACCACAGCUACCUCUCAGCCAGCCUCAGUUGCCUUCACCUUGGGGUCGGAGACACAUUUUCUCCUGCCCCUUAUACAUGAGCACACGUACACUCUGGUUCCUCCCCGUUAAGAUGAGGCAGGGCCAGAGAGGAUUGGGCUGAAGCAGAUCCCACCUCACUGUCCUCAGCAUUGUUGUCCUGCUCAGAGCUGGCCUCGGUGGCUGGUUAACGUCUCAGGAGAGCAGCUGUAGCUAAUAAAGAACCUCACACUCA